CGCAGUCGGAGCGGGCGGGCUGGCGCGUCCCGGCCCCCAGCGCGGCCCCCGCCCGGGCGAUGCGCUAGCACCGCAGGACCGUUAUCCGCGCGGGCGCCGGCACCAUGCCGCGCUCCUUCCUGGUCAAGAAGCAUUUCAACGCCGCCAAGAAGCCCAACUACGGCGAGCUGGACACGCACACGGUGAUCAUCUCCCCAUACCUCUACGAGAGCUACCCGCUGCCUGUCAUCCCCCAGCCCGAGAUCCUCGCGUCCGGAGCCUACAGUCCGGUGACCGUGUGGGCCACCGCUCCGUUCCACGCCCCGCUGCCCAAUGUCCUGUCUCCUCUCUCCGGAUACCCCUCGUCCCUGGGCCGCGUGAGCCCCCCGCCUCCCUCCGACACCUCCUCCAAGGACCACAGCGGCUCGGAGAGCCCCAUCAGCGACGAAGAGGAGAGACUCCAGUCCAAGCUCUCCGACGCCCACGCCAUCGAAGCGGAAAAGUUUCAGUGCAAUUUAUGCAAUAAGACCUAUUCGACGUUUUCUGGGCUGGCCAAGCAUAAGCAGCUGCACUGUGACGCCCAGACUCGGAAAUCCUUCAGCUGUAAGUACUGUGACAAGGAGUACGUGAGUUUGGGCGCCCUCAAGAUGCACAUUCGGACCCAUACCCUCCCCUGCGUCUGCAAGAUCUGCGGCAAGGCCUUCUCCAGACCCUGGUUACUGCAAGGACACAUUCGCACUCACACUGGGGAGAAGCCUUUUUCUUGCCCUCACUGCAACAGGGCAUUCGCAGACAGGUCAAAUCUGAGGGCUCACCUGCAGACCCACUCUGAUGUAAAGAAAUACCAGUGCAAAAACUGCUCCAAAACCUUCUCCAGAAUGUCCCUGCUGCACAAGCACGAGGAAUCUGGCUGCUGCGUCGCGCACUGAGUGACGCAAUCAAUGUUUACUCGAACAGAUGCAUUUCUUCACUCCAACUCCAAAUGACAAAUAAAAGUCCAAAGGCAUUUUCUCUUGUGCUUAUCGACCAAAAAUAUGUAUAAACACACACGCACACACAUGCACACACACACACACACACAGCUGCAAGACCACAGAACCCAUGUGUUUAAAGUUAAUCCUUUCCAUGUGAAGUUUAAAAUUACUAUAUAUUUACUGACAGCUAGAUUGAAAGGAUAAAAGACAAAGCUCUUUCUCUAAAGAUAAAGCCGAGAAAUGAAAGAGAACAUUGCAUCUUUUUCUACUAAGGAAGAAUGCAAAGCGUUACUUUGCUGCCAAAUCAUUUCAACGGAAAAGAACAGUAUUGCUCUAUAAUCGAGUUUGUAAUAGAGUUUCCUCUAGGAAGAGAAUCUGCCAGACUCUGUCUCAGGUGCCUUAGAAGUAUUCCGAGUUUACUUCAUUACAUGUCUGAUGUCUGGUUGCCAUUGUUGAACUAAAGGUUUUGCUUUUUUCUCUUUGUUUUUGUUUUUUUACGAUCUGAAAUGCUUUAAAGUAUAUUUUUAAGGGAGAAAGUGAACGAAUAAGAACCAAACACAGGCAAAUGUAUUAAAUAUGUUUUUUGUGUGUUUGUUGCCAAUCAGCGAAUGUGCCUUGAGAGGAGAGGGUAAGUGGGCUUUGAGCAUUCCUGUGUGUGCCCAUGUCUUAUGUUUUUAAAGAAUUUUUUAAAGGAUCUUUUAAAAGAAUUAAUUGAAGAUGGGAAUAAGUGCAAGAAAGGAUUCAUAGAAAUUCAGUAAUGUACUUUAUUAUAAUGCAUACAUAAAUGCAAUUCACACAAUACCUUUACAAAGUGCCUUUUGAAAAUUUUAUAGUUGAGUCCAUGUAAAUUUGUGUCUAUUUUUAUAUGUUUGAGUGAGUUUUGUAUGAAAGUGAAAUGUUGUCUAUAGCAAAUGCCUAUGAACAACCCAAAGGCUUGUGAAAACCAUGUUUCUUUGUUAGAAAACAGUUUUCAAGGUCCCUUUUUUUUACAAUAAACAUUUUUUGAU